CCUAACUGCACAUUUCUCUCCUGUCUUGAGCUGUCAGUCCUGAGUAUCUAUGUUUAGGGUCCGUGUUACUGUUUACGGAACGCCUGUAGCAUUGCAAAUGCAGUGCUGUAUGUCACCAACACAUUAUUAUGAGGUUUUUACAUGGCAUUCGUGUUCUAGUAAACAAGUGUAAGGAAUUCGUCGCAAACUGAAGAGUAGAGGAGUUGCUUGCUGGAAUCACAACAACGCCCCAAAUGAGGAACUCCCCGAGGUACGUCGUGCAGUCGCCGCCAGCACUGCCGAUAUCCCUGACACUGGCGGUGGCCAUAAUGCUGUUGGGUGUCUUGGCGAGCAGUGGCUGUGCAGGAGGUUUCACGCCACCUGCAGCCUGUCCACCGGCGCAGUUCUGGAUGGGGAAAGCCCGUCCACUGGAGUGGGCGAAGUGUCCUGUGGACUGCAGGUGCUCGAGCACGGACGUCCAGCUGUGGUGCCCUGGGUCAGGCCUGCCCGAGCUGGUCGACGCUGACGCCUCGUAUCUUGAAACAAUGAUCGUCGAGGGCGUCGGAAUCCUGAAACUGCAGGCUCACCACUUUGGCCACCUGACCCGCCUGGUGGAUCUAACCUUAUCUAAUGGACGAAUCUCAGAGAUCGCCGAGGACGCCUUUCAGGAUUUGUCACUCUUGAUGCGCCUUGACCUAUCAAACAAUGAGAUCGUCGACAUAUUUGAGGACACAUUCGUUUUCAACAAGAAUUUAAGGUUUCUUGUGUUGGAUGGGAACCCACUCCAUGUGCCUUCCUCGGAUCCGUUGUUGCUUUCGACGUCUUUAGGGAGCCUUUCUAUUCGAGGGUGCGGCAUAGCAUCCGUGAACAGCCAGACCUUCGCUGGUGUUCCAGAACUGUACGAGAUACUUAUGAAGGACAACCCAUUGACUGAAUUUCCAAGUGAGGCCAUAAGUUCCCUGGAGAGGUUGUGCUCCAUAGACGUAGAUCCAAGAGACACCAUGAAUGACGAAAUUUCCAAGGGUUUUGGCUUAAAAGAAAUACUGAUUAUCAGUGGUGUGACAUUAGUCAUGGCUGCUGUACUUAUAGGAGUCUACAAAAUCUGUAAAACUCUUGUGUGCCCCUGCAAGAGAAAGCAAGAAGUGGCACUAAGGGAAAGCCGCCUUAAUCCUAGCACCCACACAAGCAGCAGUGGAUGGACAGAGGCACCAGUACCAGUGUAUGAGGAGAUAGGUGAUCGCCAGAUGGGCGACAGACGUAGUGGUUAUCAGAUCCUCAGUCAGAGGGAGUUACAUAUACCAGCGCAUGGAUAUCCUGGGUAUGUCUAUAAUGGCAUAGAUUUACCUAGCUCGUCACCUUGUGAACGCUACUCAUACGUUGGCAAUGUCGGUCUGUACUCACCGACCACCAACUAUCAUCGGUCGACUGAGAGGUUGCCUCUACCUCCACCGUACGAGAAUAUUGGUAGGUCCACGCUGCCUUCACGUCAUGAGAGUGUUGCAACCUCUACAAGUGACCUACACACUUCGGUAGCAUCUGAUGAUGUAAAUGUAUGAACAGUUAACAUUGAGAAUAUAAGUAAGUAUGCUUUGGGAGGAUGAAUGCUGAAGACACUCUCAUGGAACAUACAUGAACAACCAAGGGAAUCCCCUAGCUUUUAGCCACCCGAGCACAGUAUUUUAAAACCGGUAUACGUAUCUAAAAUAUUUUUAAAAAAAGAUUUAAAGGUAAAAAUUGAAGUGUAGUCUUCUCUGAAUUUGUCAAAUCUAAAAUAAUUCUGGGCUACUUUAGGGGCCGAGGUAGAAGUCUGUUCAAAUUUCGCUGCAAAACUCUGAAAAGUAGUCCUGCAAGCGAAUACCAUCGGGCUUCGUUGCUCGCUCUUGAUUAUUAAAAAAAUUCCCAUUGCUGGACGAGCAACUUUAUGGUAUGUUGGCGUCCGUGGCGAGAGUAUUGGAAUAUAGGCAUCCCAUAGUGCCCUAUAUGCAUUGCAGCAUAUGUAACACAGUAAUGAUCCAGUUAUACAACACAAACUGCUCCUUCUUCAACAGCAGGUGGAGUUGGCAUCAUUCUGCUGGGUAUCAGGGGAUGUGGUAAUGUGUUGAAAUGAGCAAACAGCCAAUGAGGUCUGCGAGAAACGCAGUGUGGCACAAGGUGCCAUUCCCCUGCAGCCGGUCAUUUCAUUGUGGAAUUGGAGACACACGCAAUUUUAGGAAGAAGAGUGGCUGUCCUUGGGGAACAAUGGCCUUCAGUAGACGAAGCGGACUAUCCAACCACGUCACACCACAUCCCGGUCGUUGAGAUGGGAUAAAGAGCCUUGACCUACCUUUCAACCGAGAUCUAUCCCUAACACAUGGGUUCAUUAGUCCAAAGACAUGACUCACCCCUCCCCCCCCC